GGCCCUGGUAGGGGAGGGGUUGAUACCGAGAUUGGGCACCGGGGGAAGAAUGUCUCGUUUCAACUUUGUCUGUGGCUUGCACCCCCGGAGAAGGCCACACGCCGGUUGUAGGGUGCAGAUGUGCUGAGAGUGAUUUCUAAGUAGUUGAGUUGUUGAGAUGAGGGUACGACUGCUAAUGGUAGGCAGGUUUUGUUUUCAUUGGUGAAUCUGGUGUCAUCAUAUUCGGGGCAUAUGUUGAAAUAUUCUUUGUUUAGGUCUUGAAGUAGAGGAUCUCACUCUGCACGUCCACAUUGUGUUGUUUUUAAAUGAUGUCUGCAAGUGUGGCUUCCUAGAAUUUCAAAUGUGAGUUAAGGUCCGGGCGUGUGUGGGCCUCGGCAUUGGCCUUGACAGUGAACUUUGUGGCUGUGUUUUGGAUUUCAGAGAUUUGCCCCAUAGCUGGGGUGCAAGCUGUGCAUUUUUUGUUAAUAGUAGGUGUCAGGAAUGUAGAUGUUUAAGCUGGGGACAUUAAUGGGAGAGCAUUCCUGUAUUAAUAAUUGAUAAGUGAAUAUUAGAAUCAGAUUAAUUUGGGUUGAUGAAAGUUUUUUUGUUUUGUUUUGUUUUUUCAAAAGCAGCUGUGCACUCUAGGAAGGAAGCCUUUCCAUAGGCACACUUUAUAGGGGUUCUUUAGGGUAGGGAAAUGGAAUAUCUCCUUUUAAAGAGGAUACUCAUCAACAUCUCUGGCUUCGUUGAGGGCCUGGUAAGGGGACUGAAAUUGGGGCUAAGACAUCUAAGUGUACUUUUCAGUGUUUAUGUUGUUUGUUUACAUCUGGUGUUUAUCACAUUUGGGCACUAGAAAUAAAUAGGGCAGUUUUUCUUUUUUUUUUGAAGAGUAGCCCCCCCCCUUUUUAAGUUUCACGAUUUACUUGAUUUCACAGCAUUGUAGGAAACUGUUACUACAUUUUUACUGGAAAAACUAUUAUUCAUUUUGAGUUUGCUUUGAAGGGUCCAUCCUUUUUCCCAUUCAGUCAUCUGGAAGGAGCUGCCUCAGAAAAUACUCUUCUUCUGCUUACAUGAAGAACUCUAAAUGCUAUCCAGCAGGAGGUGCUACAACAAGAUAAAGCCAAUCUCUGAAUUUUGAGGGCCUUGCUACUUAUUACAGUUCUCUUAGCUUCAACUUAGCAACAGGAUAAACGCCUUAAAGUUCCAGAAAGAUUUUAAGGAGCAAGAGAGCUGAAGGAGAGCCCGUUUCCCCAAAAUUGCUGCAGUGAGAAGAGGAGUUUAUUUUAAACGGAGGCUGAAGAAACUGUAGAAUUAGCAGACAUAAGAGAAAGUGGAGAAGCUGGAGGAUGGAGUUGCAGACUCUACAGGAGGCUCUUAAAGUGGAAAUUCAGGUUCACCAGAAACUGGUCGCUCAAAUGAAGCAGGAUCCACAGAAUGCUGAUUUAAAGAAACAGCUUCAUGAACUCCAAGCCAAAAUCACAGCUUUGAGUGAGAAACAGAAAAGGGUAGUUGAACAGCUACGGAAGAACCUGAUAGUGAAGCAAGAACAACCAGACAAGUUCCAAAUACAGCCAUUGCCACAGUCUGAAAACAAACUACAAACAGCACAGCAGCAACCCUUCCAGCAGCUCCAGCAGCCGCAGCAGUACCACCACCACCACGCCCAGUCGGCUGCACCCUCUCCCAGCCUGACCGCUUCCCAGAAGACUGUAACUACAGCUUCUAUGAUUACCACAAAGACACUACCUCUCGUCUUGAAAGCAGCAACUGCGACCAUGCCUGCCUCUGUUGUGGGCCAGAGACCUACCAUUGCUAUGGUGACCGCCAUCAACAGUCAGAAGGCUGUGCUCAGCACUGAUGUGCAGAACACACCAGUCAACCUCCAGACGUCUAGUAAGGUCACUGGGCCUGGGGCAGAGGCUGUCCAAAUUGUGGCAAAAAACACAGUCACUCUGCAGGUUCAGGCAACACCUCCUCAGCCCAUCAAAGUACCACAGUUUAUACCCCCUCCUCGACUCACUCCACGUCCAAACUUUCUUCCACAGGUUCGACCCAAGCCUGUGGCUCAGAAUAACAUUCCUAUUGCCCCAGCACCUCCUCCCAUGCUUGCAGCUCCUCAACUUAUCCAGAGGCCCGUCAUGCUGACCAAGUUCACCCCCACGACCCUCCCUACCUCCCAGAAUUCCAUCCACCCCGUCCGUGUCGUCAAUGGGCAGACUGCAACCAUAGCCAAAACGUUCCCCAUGGCCCAGCUCACCAGCAUUGUGAUAGCUACUCCAGGGACCAGACUCGCUGGACCUCAGACUGUACAGCUUAGCAAGCCAAGCCUUGAAAAACAGACAAUUAAAUCCCACACAGAAACAGAUGAGAAACAAACAGAGAGCCGUACCAUCACUCCACCUGCUGCACCCAAACCAAAACGGGAGGAGAACCCUCAGAAACUUGCCUUCAUGGUGUCUCUAGGAUUGGUAACACAUGACCAUCUAGAAGAAAUCCAAAGCAAGAGGCAAGAGCGAAAAAGAAGAACGACGGCAAAUCCAGUGUACAGCGGAGCCGUCUUUGAGCCGGAGCGUAAGAAGAGCGCAGUCACAUACCUGAACAGUACAAUGCAUCCUGGGACCCGGAAGAGAGGUCGUCCUCCAAAAUACAAUGCAGUGCUGGGGUUUGGAGCCCUUACCCCAACAUCCCCCCCAUCCAGUCAUCCUGACUCCCCUGAAAAUGAAAAGACAGAGACCACAUUCACUUUCCCUGCACCUGUUCAGCCUGUGUCCCUGCCCAGCCCCACCUCCACAGACGGUGAUAUCCAUGAGGAUUUUUGCAGCGUUUGCAGAAAAAGUGGCCAGUUGCUCAUGUGUGACACGUGUUCCCGUGUGUAUCAUCUGGACUGCUUAGACCCUCCUCUGAAAACGAUUCCCAAGGGCAUGUGGAUCUGUCCCAGAUGUCAGGACCAGAUGCUGAAGAAGGAAGAAGCAAUUCCAUGGCCUGGAACUUUAGCAAUUGUUCAUUCCUAUAUCGCCUACAAAGCAGCAAAAGAAGAAGAGAAACAGAAAUUACUUAAAUGGAGUUCAGACUUAAAACAAGAACGAGAACAGCUAGAGCAGAAGGUGAAACAGCUCAGCAGUUCUAUAAGUAAAUGCAUGGAAAUGAAGAACACCAUCUUGGCCCGGCAGAAGGAGAUGCACAGCUCCCUGGAGAAGGUAAAGCAGCUGAUCCGCCUCAUCCACGGCAUCGACCUCUCCAAACCUGUAGACUCUGAGGCCACUGUGGGGGCCAUCUCCAACGGCCCGGACUGCACCCCCCCUGCCAACGCCGCCACCUCCACGCCGGCCCACUCCCCCUCCUCCCAGAGCUGCACAGCGAACUGUACCCAGGGGGACGAGACUAAAUAACAGAGCCCCGCGAGGAGAAGCCACGGGAUCCCGGCAGCCAGGAGAGCAAAAACACUGAAGACUCUAGAAAAGCAAAGCCGGAUUUCUUCUGGAAAGUACAGAAUUCUUUUGGUUCUUUGGUUCCAGAGAGAGAGAAGAUGCUUGUGCCAGGUGGCACCAGAGUUUGCCAAUUGAUCCUUCUUAUUCUGUGUGUACAUGCAAAGAUUGGACCAUGUUACAUGAAAUAGUGCCAGCUGGAGGUCCUUUGCCAGCACCAUGCCAAGUGAAAUAAUAUAUUUACUCUCUCUAUUAUACACCAGUGUGUGCCUGCAGCAGCCUCCACAGCCACCAUGGGUUUGUUUUUGUUUUGUCGGGUGGGGAGCAGGGACGGGCGGAGGGAGGAGAGCAGGUUUCAGAUCCUUAUUCGCCGAGCCGUUUGUUUAGGUAGAGAAGACAAGUCCAAAGAGUGUGUGGGCUUUCCUGUUUCUAAACUUUCACUACUAUAAAACCAAAAAAAGGAAAUCGAGAUUUAACCAACCCCAGUGCCCAGAGGAGGGAUGGGAGGGAAUGGGGGGGAGCCGGGGUGGGAAAAGUCUAUCAAAUAAGCAGUAUUUCCUAUUGUCUGGGGUGGGGCCCAGUGCACGGAGAGGGGGACACCGAGGGCAGCCACGGGUCCUUCUCCCGCACACCCUGCCUCCCGCCCUGGGCGCCCCCGCCACUCCCCGCGCUCCUUCCCCGCUUUGGCAAAUUGGCGUGCGUCCCGUGAAUGGUCCGGUUACCUUCCCUCUCCGAGAACAGGCAAGAGGCCGCCCCAGCGGGCCAUUGCCCAGGGCAGGGAAGAAAGGUGUGUGUGUCCAGGAAGGAAAAAAAAGGUGGAUCAGUGAUUUUUACUUGAAAACAAGCUCCAUCCCUUUUCUAUAUUUAUAAGAUUCUGAGCGAAGCAGCACGCGACCCAGGUGUGUGUGAACUGAAUGGAGAUGUUUCUUUUCUCUUUUUUUUUUUUGUUUUAAUUUUUGUUUUGUUUUGUUUUGUUUUUCUUUAAGAAAAAAAGUUUUAUUUUGUUGUUUAUUUUACUUUUUUGGUAACAAAAACUAAAAUAAGGAAUAGAAAAGCUGUUUUUCAGGCUGACAGUCAAUUAAGGGUAGUCGAGGCCGUGCAUGGUAGGGUAGGAGUCAUAGUGUCAGUGAGGUCCAGUGAGUCCGUGUGAGUCCUUGUGUCAUCGUCCGGGCACUGUUUUUUAUGCAAGGGCAAAAAUCUUUGUAUCUGGGGAAAACAACAACAACAACUUUUUUUUAAAUUAAAAAGGAAAAUAAAAGAUAUUGAGGUCUUCCUAGUGUUACUUAAAUUAAGAUCAAGGUAAGAAACAUUGUAAAAAAAAAAUUACAAAAGUGCUAUUUGUUUCCUAAAAACAGUGAUUUCUAUUAAAAAGGUGUCAGAACUGGAGAAAA